UAUGGCGACCGAAUCUUGCACGAAAGGAAGUCCUCCUCUGACGUGCAUCCUGCUUUUCUCUUCCGCUUCCGGUUUCCUCUUGGGCGAGUGGGCUUGCUACGUGUCCUUCGGAGCGGUGUUGUCGUCGUUUGUGAGGCUCCGGGCUACACCGAGAAUCGUUAGUCAUGGAUCAAGUAAUGCAGUUUGUGGAACCCAGCCGUCAGUUUGUGAAAGACUCCAUCAGGCUUGUUAAAAGAUGCACAAAGCCAGAUAGGAAAGAAUUCCAGAAAAUUGCCAUGGCAACAGCAAUCGGUUUUGCAAUAAUGGGAUUUAUUGGUUUCUUCGUAAAAUUGAUCCAUAUUCCAAUCAACAACAUCAUUGUGGGUGGCUGAAUGUAUCAUGAAGAUUUGAUAUUGCACUUGAUGACACUAGAAAACAUGGGCUUUGGGACUUAAUCAUCCACCGAAUAACUGUGUAACGUCUUUUACUACUUGUCAAUAAGAACUAGAUUUUAAAGUA